AUGGAUCAAACAGGCGAGCUGCCGGAUAUGGAGGGGCUUGGUGUGAUCAGCUACGAGAAGCUCAUCGAGUCACUUUCGGUGGAGCAGAAGGCUCACUCCAGGCUAGCGGCUCAACUGGCCAAAGCGGGCGACAUGAGGCAGGAGCUCGAGUACCUGCUGCAAAGCCGUGGGCCCUGCAGUCCUGGUGCCAAUUUGGAGUAA